UACCCUAUUUUUCAGCAUCAAAUGCUCUGCCUCUCAUUUAGUCCCUGUUGCUGUGACAACCACAGGCAUGAGCACAGCAGGCGUUCAUCGAGGCUUCCUCAGAAAAUAUGGGGGCUUCAUGUUUAAGCAGUGGAAGGAGAAGUACCUUGUUCUGACCCUGGAGGGAAGCCUGUUGGUGUGCCGCGAUGCAGAGUCCCCUCCAGACCAGGUGGUAGCAUUACAAACCAACUGUGAGUCGAUUGUAGAGGGACGCGAAAUCCUUGACCUGCCCAAGUUGCCUCCAGGGGGCAGGAGGGACUGCUGCUUCGCCCUCAUCCUGCCGCAGAACAAGUUCCUGCUGCUUCUUACUGACAACCCUGAUGACUGCAAUCUGUGGCUGAAUAUGAUCAGGAAAGUGAGAGAGGGUGUCAUGUCACCCCUGACCCUUCACAGACAGCGCAGCAUCACUCCCUGCAUCACCGACAGAGACCCCCUGCCAGACUCCUCCAGCGAUAAAGACCCCGGCUCACCCAGGGUUGGUGAGGGCACCCCUCCUUUGUCUCGAGUCACUGAGCGGGGAGGCUCUUUCAGAGACAGAGGCCAAAACCAAGGUCCGCUAUCAGCCAGUGGACCACGGCAGCCUCUGCGCAGUGUCUCUGUUGCCCCCCCUCAUCGUGCGUCAGAUUGUCUUCGCCAUGGCAACAGCAGCGAUGCCCGGGCGGUGAGGGCGGUGUGCCUGCUGAUGGGAGGGGCAGCGGCCUCCUCUGCUCUGGGCUACCUAAACUCCUGCGCCCCUUCCUCCCCCCUCGCUACCAGAGCCCCAGAGAUCGCCCACGGCACAGGGGGCUUCUCCGAGCUCCCCGGAGGGGGAUCCUUCCACGCCUGCAGCCAGGACGUGGACUCCCCUCACUUCAACAGCUUCGACUUUGAGGGAGACUCCGACUUUGAUGCUUUUGACUGUGGAGGAUUUGCUUUUUAGCUUUGACCAGAAAGACAACAGUUUGAAAGACCUUUUCUUGUCAUCAAAAUCCGUGUGUUGGUAUUCCUUUAUAGUAGAAGGGCAUUGUUAUUAAUUAAUCACUUGUUUGAUAUCUAUGAGUUUAAUUUAUAAAUUAAUGAAGGUGUUCUUCCUGGCUUCAUGCCCAUGCUCCUCAGGUAAAUCAUUCAUGAUGAAUCCUCUGAACACUGCCCGUCUGUGUUGUUUCAGUCCUUCCAUACCACAGGACGGCCUUAGGUUAACUGAGUGAGCAGUGUAAUGAGCCACAUGGACAUUGUAGUCUUUAAACAGUUGUGUUUCUCCACUCUUUGUCUUAUCGCUGUAUUUAUUUUAUACUUUUUUAACUAUUUGACCUAUGUGAAUAUUUUUGCCUCAUCCACAUUCUCUCCAUUUCAUUGUCACUUUGCUCAAUUUCCUUGUGCCCUGCUUUCAGAAUCCCCGCCCAUCUGCACACACUAGUAUGAUCUCGCAUGAAAUGCAGUCCAAAGGUGAACUCCAAAUAAAUCCUGCUGUACCCAUG